AUGCGGCCGGAGCGCGCGUCCCCAGUGGUCGUGAUGCCAAGCCCCGCACCGCCCGCGCGUAAUGCCCGGUCCCGUCGCUCUCUAACCCCCGCACCAGCGUGGCGCCGCGUCCCGGCCGCGCCGCUAGGAUGAGCAGCACCGACCUGGAGCGCGUGUCGCUCAGCUCCUCCGCCAACUCGGUGGCCUCCAGCGCGCGGACGCUGUCGGCCAACGUGCGGAAGCUGCACAACGCGCUCAACCUCCUGCUCAGCGACUUCGAGAGGGAGCAGUUCAUCCACUGCCUCAACGUGUACCACUCCAAGCGCAACGUGUACGACCUGGUGCAGACCCUCCACGUCAUCCUCAACGCGCCCAGCAAGCGGCAGCUGCUGCCCCUGCUGCGGCUCGUCAUCCCCCGCUCCGACCAGCUCCUGUUCGAGCAGUACACCUCGGAGGGCCUCUACCUGAAGUCGGAUUUAGCGGCGAGCAAUGGCACCGGCGACCCCCCGCCGGGCGACUUCCCCAGCGCCAGCCCCACUCCACCUCCGGGGCACUUCUCGCCGAGCAACCCCGCGGAGUUCCAGGUGGCGCUGCGGGGGUCCCCGGACACUUUCAGCACCAGCAGCGAUGGGACGUCUCCGCUGGUGCCGCUGCUCGGGAGGAACUUCAUCCACGAGCCGCCGGGAGAGAUCCGGCAGGUCAGCAUGAAGCGGCACAAGAGCAACGAGGGCCUGGGCUUCAGCAUCCGCGGCGGCUCGGAGCACGGGGUCGGGAUCUACGUGUCGCUGGUGGAGCCCGGGAGCCUGGCGGAGAAGGAGGGUCUGCGCAUCGGGGACCAGAUCAUGAGAGUCAACGACAAAGUGUUCGAGAAGGUCACACACGCGGAGGCAGUGAAGGUGCUGAAGGGCAGUAAAAAGCUUUGUCUCUCUGUGCGCUCAGUCGGGCGAAUUCCUGGCGGCUAUGUCACCAAUCAUGUUUAUACCUGGGUUGACCCUCAGGGUCGAGGUGUGUCCCCCCCGCCCGACCUGCUGGAGCAUCGCAGCGCCACCCUGAAGAGAAGUGACAGCCAGCGACGCAGCAACAUGCAGCUGCUGCAGGAGGGAGACGAGAAGAAGGUCAACUUGGUUCUGGACGACGGCCGCUCUCUCGGUCUGAUGAUCCGGGGGGGAGCAGAGUACGCUCUGGGUAUUUACAUCACCGGAGUGGACCAGGCGUCGGCGGCGGAGUGCGGAGGACUCAAGCCUCUUCCCGCACCCCCCUCGGCGCCUCGCUCAGCCCCACCCGCCAUGCCUUUCUGUUCCCUCCCCUCCCUGCAGGUGGGCGACCAGAUCCUGGAGGUGAACGGCCGCAGCUUCCUGAGCAUCCCGCACGACGAGGCCGUCAGGGUCCUGAAGUCGUCGCGGCACCUGAUGAUGACGGUGAAGGACGUGGGACGCCUGCCGCACGCCAGGACGGUGGUGGGGGAGACCAAGUGGAUCGCCAGCUCGCAGAUCGGGGAGAGUUCGGCCAACAGCAGCGUCGCAGGGUUCUCAGUGGACCAAGGAGCCUCUGCAGCAGGAAAGCCCGGGUUUUAUAAGGGCGUGGCGGGCUCGCAGGUGACCCUGUCCAGCCUGGUGAACCAGUCCCGGGCCAUGCUGGAGGAGCAGGCGCGCCACCUGCUGACGGAGGUGGAGCGGCAGACCAUGGUGUACUACGUGGAGGAGUACCGGGACGGGCACAUCGGCGCCGAGCAGCUGGUCAUGGCGUUGUUCGAGCUCCUCAACACUCACGCCAAAUUCUCUCUGCUGUCCGAGGUGCGAGGUCUGGUCGCCCCGCAGGACCUGGAGUGUUUCGACGGGAUGGUGCUGCGCCGGGAGAUCCAGGCCCUGAAGGCGCGGCAGGGCAAAGCCGGAGCGACGGCCCUGCAGCCCGACUCCCUGUCCAUGGUGUCGUACCCCGACACCCUGAACUCGUCCUCCGCCAGCUUCAUGACCAACACCACCCUCAGCUCUGCACGGAACGACAGCGUGGUAGAGACUAAUGGGAAGGAUCCCCCGGAGAGUCUGAACACUCUGCUGACCGACGUCUCUCUGGAUGAUGUUCAGUCCACCGCUGCAGAAUCGCCCCCCUCCUUCAAGCCUCCGCCCCCCCCGGGGGUGCAGAGGCACCCGAGCAGACGAGAUCAGCUCAACAAAUGCCCCUCGUCCGAAUCCUCCCACUCGGGCCUGUACUUCACGGCCCCGCCCUCCCACGGCCAUAGUAAAGAGUCAGGACACGCCCCCGCCUCGCCCGCGCCACGCCCCAAACGGGAGCCCGCCAGGGACCCGGCGCAGGAUUACGCGGCCGUCAGAAAGCGAGAUCCUUCGCUGCCUUCCAAGAAGGAGCAGAUAGCGGCUGCUCAGUUGUCCAUGGUCGCCCGGCACAACAUUGGCCCUUUUCCCCGGGUGCAGUCCCCCAACAGAGGCACCAAACCCGCCGCCCCUUCCCCUUCUCCCCCACCCCCACCUCCGCUCCCUGCUCCCCAUCCGCCCCCGUCUCUGCCCCUCAAACCCGUGUCCAUGUCCAAAGCCUCCUCCGCCGCCGCUAAACAGCAGUUUGUCACGGUGGAGGUUCACAGGCCCAAUGCAGAGCCCGACGUCAACGAAGUGCGGCCGCUGCCACAAGCUCGAGGUGGCGCCCUGUCUCAGCUGUCAGACAGCGGCCAGACCCUCAGUGAGGACAGUGGCGUGGACAUAGCUGAGUCAGCACAUGUCAGCAAAGACAGCAGCCCCCAUUCCUCACGCACCCGCCUCCCCCGAGACACCCAGGGAGGCGGGGGGAGCAACCCCUCCAAACCGCCGGGGCUGCUGGAGCCCACCUCGACACUAGUGCGGGUGGCAAAGAGCGCCGGCACCCUGGGCAUCGCCAUCGAAGGUGGAGCCAACACUCGCCAGCCGCUGCCACGAAUCGUCACGAUACAGAGAGGAGGGUCCGCUCAUAACUGUGGCCAGCUGAAGGUGGGUCAGGUGAUCCUGGAGGUCAACGGGGUUUCCAUGAGGGGCCGCGAGCACAGGGACGCGGCGCGCAUCAUCGCCGAGGCCUUCAAGACCAAAGAGAGGGACCACGUGGACUUCCUGGUGACCGAGUUCAACGUGGCGCUAUAGCGGAGCGGAGGAGGGGAGAGAGGAGGAUGACGGGAGCAGCAGCGGCAGCGAGGGAGCAGCGGUGGGUGGAGAAGACGAAGGCCGUGACAUCCAAGCGUCUGUUGAUUUCAAUGGCACAACUCGUUAAGAUAGACGUAAACAAGCCACCACCUCAUCUCCGAGCCCCUUCUCUUUUCCCAUUCAACUCCCGAGUCGUGAUUUAACAGCGAUUAUCUCCACUGUGAACUCUGUUCAGGAUUCUCCUCAACAUGUUACCUCCCCACUGUGACACCUUAUGCACUACUAUGGGAAACAAUGAAACCUGUACCUUUUUUUGAUUGUGUUGAAUCUCGUUGGAUUUACUUCCAUUUGAAACCCACUGGAACUUCUCGUAGCACUCCCUCGUUCCCGCGGUUUCGCUCUGUGUUGUUUCCUGCUUCUCUCUAGGAGACGGCUGCACAGCCAAGACUGUUUCACGCUCAUUGCAAGCUUGGGUUUGUAUAUGUAAAAAUGAACAAAUGUAGAUACAGAUGCAUAUAUAUAUAUAUAUAUAUAUAAUGUACACAUAAAGAUACUCCUAUAUGAAUUAUAAAUCUGUAACCUCUGUUGCAUCAACAUAUAGUAAUAUAUUUCAGAGAUGAUAAUUCAGGCCUUCAUAGACACAUUGGGUCACGUCAGGCUGACGGCAACACGCUCGUAUUUAUAUUUAUAACUUCAUUCAUACGAAGGUGCAUCGUUUUCUGUUUCCCCUUCUCCAGCGACACCAAACCAGCUCAGUUUGAUUUUAAUUUCUGCGUCACAGCAUCAGAGGAGUUGACCCUGUGACCUGCAGCUCGCUGAGUUAAAUGAAUUCAGUUUUGUCGACGUGACGCAGCGGCAGAAAAUAUUCAGUUUGCAUUUGCAAGUAACUUAAUGCAGCUCUGAUAUAAAGUUAGGAGAGUUAGCGAGAACUGUGAUGUCACACAUUGGAGUGUUUACAGUCCGGCCGCUAGAUCCAGAUUGUAUAUUUGACCCACAUCCCUGAAUAUGCCUAUGUUUUUUUUUAAAUAAAGAUCUAUUCAUGAAUUAUUCCCUGGGAAAAUUGGUGAAAAUGUCAACAAAACAAAAAGCCUUAUCCUGGAUUUCCCCUUCGUCCAGAUACGCCCACAAUGUAAUGGAUUCCUUCUGAGGCCGUGUCCCCGUUCAAAUCAGUUCAAGAAAAUAAAUACACUGACCUGCGAUGGCCAAACACAAAGUAGAACCAAAAGCUGGGUUUGAUUUCCAUGAAAAUUCAAUGAAGGAUUCAAACUUUAACGAGAACCCCCGUCAGGUUCCCGAACUCGCUCUAAAACACAGUUCUGUCGUGUUCAGAUGAAUUCUCUCUGGAGACAUUUCUCACUUUCUGUGGGAGUUUUCCCCUCAGACCUGCUGCUCCCCGUGCUGAAUAACAAUUGAUGAUUUUAUUUUGUAAUUUCAUAGUUUUAAUUAUUCCCACCCUGGGGGCGGGGGGGACUCGCUGAAGCCAAUGCUCUGCGCAGCAAUUACUCCCGAGAAGCGAGUAAUGAGACGUUUAGAGGACGACACCGCCAAAGAUUUUAGAGACACUCCUCCACACAUGCUCACUCAUGGAACACGUGUGUGUGUGUGUGCGCAGAUUUUUUCCAUUUAUAGAAAAGCAAUUAGGAGAUAAGCAAUCAGGUAGAGUGAGAGAUGGAGCGAGAGAGGGAGACAGAGGAUGAGAGAGUGAGUCGAGAAUCAAACUGGAAGUGAUUGUUGUUGUGGAGAUGAUUUGCUUCCUCUCAGGAAGCAGGCGAGCGUGGGGAGCGUGCACAGCGUGGGGAGCGUGCACAGCGUGGGAGCGUGCACAGCGAAACAUCGUCCAUGUGUCAAUCUCACAAACUCACGUCAGGCUGCAGGUGGAGAUGUGUGGAGCAAUUAAUCAAGUGUGUGUGUUAAGAAUGUGUGAAAGAGUGUUUUCAGAAGAAGGAGACGGAAAAUGAAACAAAUGCAAAUGUCAAGGAGGGAGCUGCAGAAUGAGAUGGGGGGUUGUCUGGCAGUCUGAGCUCUGUGAAGAAUGCCAACAGGGCAGCUCUGUGAGAAACUGCCGUCACACUCCUCGGUCGUUCUGCUGACAGCGGAGAGAACUUCGCUCGUGCUUUUGUUUUGACACCAUCUCUGCUGUGUUCCUUCAAAAUGUGACGUCUUGGAACGCACAGAGAAACAAAGUGAGGGCUGCAGGUUCUUUAAAGGUCAUCACCAGGACGUGUGUGCACGUGAGGCCCAACCAUGAUCUGCUGAUAGACUUAAAUUCAUUCAUUCAUCCAUUUGAAGUCAUUUCAUAACCUGAUGAUUUCAGUCUGUCUCCUGAGUUUUAGUCUGUAUGAAUUGAUUUUGGCCUCUAAACGGUGCAUGUGCACAAUUCUGAUAUUUUAUCGUCGUUCUCUGAUUGAUUUUCACUCGUUUUUCUGUCCCAGUGGUGAAUUCAUCCUCCUUUUAGCUCAGUUUUGGUCUCCACCAGCUUGUGAGAAAGAUAUUUGGCUCUUUAGCUCCUACAGGUCGGGCACAGCGGGUUUUAUCCGGGCUUCUUUACUGAAAAACAGCUGCCUGCCGCUGCUGGCAUGGAGUUGAUGAGCGGGCUGAGACUCACACAGAUGGUCGGCUCGUGCAAGGAGGGAAACAGUGAAGUGAUCCUCUGCAGAGAAGCCUUCUCUCUCACUACAGAGCAAAUCAUCAUUAUAAAACCAUUACGACGCCAAGGUGCAUGCACACCUGGCUUUGAAAUGGAGAGGCAGGUGGAUUUAGUGCAUGUUACUCCCAUAAUAAGGACGGAUUCUUGGUGUGAAUCUGCAGAAUCUGAAGGUGAGGGAGAAGAUCUCAGGGCUGGAGUGAAAAGCAUCAGCUGUUGGCUUUUUUCAUUUAUCUUCAUUCAUAUGCAGAAAGCUGUUAAUAUACAAGAUUGUGAAAAGAGUGCGGCAGAUGGAAGACGGUGUCUCGGCCUGAAUAUCCGUCUCCACCAUGAAGCCCCCCAAAAUAUUGGUUGUUGCCCCUAGAGGCAAAGUUUGGAUUCCUCCUAAAUGCACUGAGCUCUUUAAAUCGAGCGCUUGCAUCUUUAGAACAGAGCCCUGAUCGUGAAGUGUUCCACAUUUGGGAUGAAAAAGCUUUGUGUGUGUCCCGGAGCCUGAUGAAUCAUUCAAACGUGCAAAGACAAAAGGAACGAGGACAGAGACUGAAGGAGAAGAUCAGGAACCACCAGAGGUUCAGAGGCUGAACACAAACACAGAGACGCUCGACUUCUGACUUGGUUGCUGUGUCCGGUUCUGGCAGCUGACACACAUGAGGUUUCACCACAGUAAACAAAUCAUAAACCUGCGCCUGCAAAUCAUAUUCAAAUGACGACUUUAACCAUUAAUCCUGCCGCAGGGUUUAUAGAACACGUCGGUGUCGGCGGCUCCAUUACCAAGUCAACCGGCCUCGGCCAGUUUAAAUAAAAGCUCUUAUUCAUAUAUGCAAAUAGUUUGUUGAUUUCCAUGGUCUCUGAAUACGACCAUUAACAUGAUUAGAAACAAGUCUUUGCAUAUUCAGCACAUGUUGCAAACAAAAUCAGGAAAAACAAAAGUGCUCAGAGCAACAACAGGCGAGCAGACUUACAAUUCAUGGUGAGUGUGUGUGUGUGUCUGUGUGUGUGUGUGUGUCUGUGUGUCUGUGUGUGUGUGUGUCUGGUUGACAGAGACAGAUAGACGUUCAGGCAGAUGACAGCAGGAGUGUGUCUGGGUGGAAAUACUCUGUAAGAACAAGAUCAUCCUGAAAGAAUCGCAGCCACACAGGUUUUUCUUCCCCACACUCAUAAAUAUCACUCCCCUAAUCAUGGGAAAAUCAUUUUUUCAAAUUAAAAUCCCUGAAUUAUUCUAUGACAAAAGUUUUUGUGUGAUCUUACUUACACACAAAUGGACAGAGAUGAAAAUAUUACGUCCUUGGCAGAGAUAAAAAAACUGCCUAAAUAAAUAGUGAUAAUUCUGAUGAGUGUGUUCGAGUAAAUUUCCAGUCAAUGAAAACAUCGCAGCUACAGAAAGUAAAAGAUGAAAGAUUAAAUGUUCUUUUCUCUUUCUCUCAUUUUAUUCAAGUAAACAUUUCCCGUUAACCUGAGAAUCACUGAGUCACUCCCUGUUACUGCUCCUCCUGUCCAUCAAUGCCAAAGUUCCCUUAAGCAAGACACUGACCCCCCCCCGUCCGUCCGUGCUGCCGGUUCCCUGCUCAGGUGAAAUGUAGAUAAAUGCAAACACGUCUCAGAGAAAGUGUGAAAAGUCGAAUGACUGUGAAGUUCUUCAGGAAAAAACGACAGCCAUUGUUCCAUUAACCCCACGUUUACUGAUUGAGAAUCGUUAAGAGUCAGAAACUGUGACUGCGUCUCCUGGUGGACAUGUCUCGGGGCCCUCGUCUCUCUGCCCCGGUGUUAAAGGGCCACGCAGGAGGGUGGGAUGAUGGAGGGAAGCGAUGGACGCCACUGGCAGUCCCAUUAAUCAGACGCCAACACAGAGAGGUGGCGGCCUCGGCUCCCACUCGAGACACGACGGCUCAGACAUUGACUUCAGCUGCGAGUCCCCCACCACCACCACCACCCCCAGCCACCCACCUCCAAAACAAAGGUCAGAGCCGCAGCAGCCAUCAGCCCCUGUUGACCCCAUCCAUAAUGUUUGUUUGUUUCACUGACUGUGCCUCCCGCUCCGUUAGCCGCACCACUUCACUUCGUCCGCCUCCAGUUUGCUUCGGGUUCCAGUCGCUCCGUCCUUCAGCUCCUCCGUCUCUCUGCCUGCUUCCUCCACAUUUUAAAUGAGUGUUGUACAAUGACAUGCUGUUUAUACAGAAAGUGUGUUUAAUUUUUCAAUAAAGAUACC